GAUUGCCCUCCUGCCCACCUGCCCACCUGCCUGGGCGUCGGGGGCCGUUCAGCCAUCCGAGCCCAACCAGAAACGGCACCAUGCCGCCCAGGGGGUCACCAAGCCAAACGUCGGUGCUGCCGUUAGCCCGGGUACUCCAACCCCCCGUCCCACGCAAGCCCAAGAUGGAAGAGCGUACUCUCCCGGGAGAGCCAAGAGACAGACCACCAGUCGGCCGACGCUACCUAGGAACUCGUCAACCUCAACCUGUGUCCUUCCAUCCAUUCUGCCUUCGACAGUACCACCAACUGUCGCACCUCCGGGGUAGUCGACCAAACAUCUCGGACCGUGCUCCCGACCGUCUCACAGGCUGCCCGUCUUUGUUGUCCCGUCGGCCAUCAGGCGACUCGUACAUAAUUAUCCCUUUAGAUUAUACUCAGAUUCGCUUACACCCGCAGCUUGGGGUACCUUGCUUUUGAUCGCGCACAGCAACCCCCGUUCAUGCCAUGGCCGCCCUCUGAACUGCCCCAACGACCAUCUUGUCACUCCGCCCCUUUUGUGGUGCUUGGCUUUCCGUGAAAUACCGGCCGGCCGACCCAUCGUCAUUGUCAUUGUCAUUUUCGCAGGGCCCCAGCCGCUGCCGUAUCACUGAGAACGCCGCAGCUCCCUUCCCUCGGUUGCGGCCCAUCCCAGCCCAGCCUGCUCCACUGCCCGCCAAUCUCGCAGCCGACUAAUCUCCGUGCCUUUUUGACGACCUGCCGCUACACCACGUCCUCUCGAGAAGCGCCCUGUGUGCCUGACAGCGUAUAACGCCUAACCCGCGUCAACAUGGCAAGCUCCUUUGAGAAAUCCGUCAAGGGCGCUACCAAGAUCAAGGCUGCGCCCCCGAAGACGAAAUACAUCGAGCACAUCCUGAUAGCCACCCAUUCCGGAGAGGCUGGAGUUGGUGAGGUCUUUCGAGCGCUGCAACACCGGCUGAGGGAUUCAACAUGGACCGUUGUCUUCAAGAGCUUGAUCACGGUGCACCUGAUGGUCAGGGAGGGUUCGCCAGAUGUAACGCUGGCUUACCUGUCGAAACAUCGGAAUAUGCUGGCAGUGAGCAUGUUCUCAGAUGCCCAGACACAGGGACGAAACAUACGACAUUACGCCAACUACCUAUCUGAACGAGCGCGUGCGUAUCGUGACACGAAGAUCGACUGGGUUAGGGGAAGGGAAAGCCGUAUGGAUACACUGUCCGUGGAGAAGGGCCUGUUGAGGGAAACGGAGGCGAUUCAGAACCAGCUCACGGCCCUCCUCAAAUGCGAUGUUAUGGACAACGAGCCGGAAAACGAAAUAACAAUUACCGUCUUCAGGCUGCUGGUGCUGGAUCUUCUAGCCCUGUUCCAGGUGCUCAACCAAGCGCUCAUCAACAUCCUAGGUCACUUCUUUGAGAUGUCCAAGGUCGACGCGGAAAGAGCUAUGGAUAUUUACCGCAAUUUCACGAAACAGACGGACGUGGUUGUUCAGUACCUCGGCGUGGCCCGUCAAUAUGAACACCACACGAGGGUGGAGGUACCUAAGCUGAAGCAUGCUCCCGUAAACCUUGGACGACAACUGGAGGAUUAUCUCAACGACCCCGACUUCGAGAUCCACCGGAGGCAAUACCUGGCCGAAUUGGAGGCCAAGAAGGGCAAGGGGGGCUCAGGGGCAUCCAAAUCCUUCUUCACCUCGAAGAGUGAACCUGCCUCCAAACCAGCAUCCAACUCACCGUUCCCUAGUGUGAACGGAUCUUCAUCAACAGAAAGUAAACCAGCGCCGCCCAAGAACCCGAAUACAGAUUUGAUCGACUUCUUCGACUCGAUAGAGCAGAAUCAGACGGCAUUGGGCGCCCAGCCAACCGCCCAGCUCGGUCAGAUGGGCAACUCACCUUGGGGGCCAGAUAAUGGCUUUCAGCAGCAACAAGCCACAGGCUUCCAGAAUGGUUUUGCACCACAGCAGACGGGAUUCCAGUCGACGAAUCCGUUCCAGCAACAAAUGGGCAAUUUUCAACCCCAGCAACAGGCCCCUAUGCCACAGCUGCAGCCUUCUUUUACCGGUGCUGGCUUCGGUGGUUUCACCCCUCAGCCUGGUUACCAGAACUCCUUGGCUCCUAUACCCCAGGAGUCUGCGGUUGCUUCGUUCCAAACGGGCGCAUCAAUGCCAAAUCUGCUAGCACCCCAGCAAACCACCAAUCCCUUCCGCCAGUCCAUGCUGACAGGCCAGCCGACUGGCAUGAGCGCCCAAUCGGCACCCACAAGUCCGCCGACCCUCCAGCCACAACACACGUCUACUAACCCAUUUGCCCGUUCAGCUUCAGCAGCUGGCAACCCGUCUCCGUUCCAAUCUCCUCCGCCAGCGGCGCCGUUGCAGCCCAUGGCAACCGGCACUAACCCAUUUGCAAAGAACUUCGGUGCUGGGCAGCAACCACAGAGGCCAGCAACCAGUGCCGGUCUGGCGCCUCAGCCGACAGGGACCACAAAUCCAUUCCGGCAGUCGCAGUUUGUCAACCACAACACAGGCAUGGGCUGGCAGCAUAAUCAGCAGGCGAUGGGCGGUGGCCCGGACAGUCUGCAGACGAUGCCUGUGUUCCCCCGGCCAGCUCAACAGAGCCCCUGGCAGCAGUGAUUAUCAGUUGCAAAGGUCUGGAUUUUGGCCAGGAAGCAACGCAACGAUAUUCGAACGGAACAUAUUUUCGCUCAUUGUCUGUUUUCUGGUCUGUCUUGCAGUUCUGUGUUUGCAGAGCGUGGCGUUCAGGGCGGCUUAAUCGUGGACAGGACGGCGGGUCCUUUGAAGGGUUUGGAACAGGAAGUCGACGGUUGGAAGCUGCGGAUGUCAAUGCCUACUUAGGUCGAGGGUCUGGCUAAUGUAAAGAUAUUGAAGUCCUGGACCGGCGCGUUCACGCGAAGCCGGCAUACAGCACUUUCAAGAUUGCAAUUCUAGAGCUUAAUGGACAUGAUGUCCGUAUGAUCUAUUAUUGGAAACUGGUGCUCUUGCCAUGUGGCCCAAUCGUCAGGUUCCGCCCCUUGCUCCGCCAAAUUCCAGUCCACCCCAACAGCCGUAUCGUGCAUUUUUCUCAACCCGAGAAGCGACCAUGACCACCAUGGUCCCGAGCCUUGACAAACGCCAUCGCUAUGCAAACAGUUCAAACCUUCAAUCAAUCUCGACUAGAUCGGCUCAAGCAAUCCAGAAAACUGCCGCAAGGCCACUUAGACAGGCGAGGCAUGCCUGCCGCUCGUGAUAUGAGCCUCCCCUGGUUGUCUCAGUCGUCUAAUUCCAUCUUGAUCGGUUGCUCGACCUUGACUACUUGCUCUCCCCUAGCAUCCUGCUCGACCUCGCGAUCCAUUUCGAGCUUCACCUCGGCCCUCUCCCUCUUGACGGCAGUCCUUGCGGCGGCGUCCCCGACCCCGUCCGUCUGUGCAGCCAGGCCUGCGCCACCCGUGGCGACGUCCCCAAAGUCCAUGCCCAGUCUGCCAGUCUCCUUUUCGUCGUUGACGAAAACAGACAUGCCGGCAAAAGCCUCAAACAUGGCCCGCGCGUAGUACUCCUGUACGCUGUACCCGCCAGACGUGUACUUCUGGUCGUGCUUGGCGCUGUCCAGGAAUGGGUUCCUGUAGUCCCUCUCGAGCUUGUACCGCGUGCUGCUGAGGUCCAGCCUGCCAAAGGGAUCGUAAGGACCCGCGUCGGCGUCCCUCGCCGCGUCGCCCUUCUUCUUCAGGCCGCGGAUCGACAAGCCGCCGGCAGCUGCCGCGGCAGCCCGGCGCAGUGCCGCGGCCUCCGAGGCGGCGAGCUCCUCCUUGCGGUGCUGCCCGCGGCGCUUGAGCAUGACCUUUGUGGCCUGGCCCUGCGGGGCGCGCGCCAGGGUGUCGAGGUCCUCCUCGCGCUGCUUGAUCUUGGCCAGGCGCUCCUCCUCUUCGGCCUGGGCGGCCUCGGCGCGGCGCUGGCGGGCGGCCUCCUUCUCGGCGGCGAUCUGCUUGCGCGUGGACUCCUUCUGCCGCUCGCCCAUGCGCUUGUUGCGCUCGAUCUCGGCCUUGUGCUCGUCCUCCCACUGUAGCAGCUUCUCGUUGGCGGCGGCCUGGUCGGCGGGCCCGCCGUACACGAGGUCCAUGGUCAGGGCCUCCACCAUCUCCAGGUACUCGUUGAAGGAGGACAGGUCCUCGAACUCGUCUUCGGUGCGGUUGAAGACGGCGGCGACGCGGCGCCGGAUGUCGACCUCGCGCUCGACGGACAGGUCGGAGAAGACGGGCUCGCGGAAGUUCUUCUUGCGCAGGGUCCUGUGGCAGCCCACGUAGGGGCACUGGUUGGGUCCGUUCUCGAACAGCCGGUCGACGCAGUUAUUACAGAGAGGGUGGUAGCACUCUGGGUUGAUAAGGAAUCGCAUGGACUUGUUCAUGUAGCGGAGGGUCUUGCAGAUGGGGCACUGCUCCUCGCCGUCGGUGUUGGUCAGGGCGAUUGCCUGGAUUGGGGCUGCCACAGGCCCGGCGCGGGGGGUGGGCGCCCCUGGUUUGCGCGACAUGGCGAGGGAGGAGGAGGAUCAGGAGCUUUGUGGGGGGCCGCCCAUGGGGUUCGGAGUGUCGCAGUCUAGGAUCGAAUCCAAGGGGCGGGAGUCGCGACGCUGAGGUAUGUUGGUUAGAGGUGGGUGGAAGACGGCGGCAAGGUUGACCAAGCGCACGUCAAACAAAUGCAGUGGAUGAUGACCCGAGGAUCAACCAACCCGCCCAGUGCGUGCCCGUGCUUUAGACCUGGAGGUACCCAGGUACCUAGCAGCAGGGAUAAGCUUCCACAUAUGGAGACAGCCUACUUGAG